AUGUCGGCGGAGCUCAACCUAAAUCCGUUUCUGCUCGCCGCAAACACCCCCGAGACAGACCCCCGCCUUUUGCCCUUACUUCGCUCCAGACCGGAGUUGGCAUCGGCACAAGACGAACAUGGUUAUUCGCUUUUGCAUGCUGCAGCCUCCUACAAUCAUGUGGAUCUCUUACGAACACUGGUCAACGAGUUCAACGUGGACGUGAACUUGAAAGACGAGGAUGGUGAAACAUGCUUGUUCGUGGCUGAGACGGUGGAAGUUGCGAAGUGUCUAGUGGAGGAAUUACACGUUGACAUACGAGUACAAAAUGACGAAGAUAUGACUGCGCUCGAGAAGUUCGAGUCAGAACAGGAAUUUCCAGAAGUCGCAGAAUACCUCCGCAGCCUGCUCUCACAAGAUCCUGCUGCGGGAACCGCUUCUAUCCGUCCUGGGCCGGUUCCAGAUGGAGCUCAACCCCCUCCACGCCUGCCGCCCAAUGUAUCCAUCAAUAUCGGCACCGAGACUGAUGCGACGCCCGGAACACUUGAGCAAGAACCCGAUCCCGAAUUCAGGAGAAGAAUAGAAGAGCUGGCAGCCAAGGAGAAUUUUCACACGGCAGAAGGUCAGAGAGAACUGCGCGAGUUGAUUACAGAUGCAGUAAGAGACGUCGGCAACGAAGGCCGGGAUGUUAGGAGACGUGUCGAAUAA